GCAACGCCGCGGAAACUAGUGCAAGAAAAUACAAUCACGGUUAUCUUAUUUUAUCAAUCUUCCGCACUUGUUUUCUAACCACAAUGUCAGAAACCUUCAAGAGAAGGUGACAGCCAGAUGACCAGGCAGUCCGAAAUGCAUGCCUGGAGUGAUUCAGGACGUCCGUCCGAGAGAGAAAACGAUCGUUUUGUCGUGAGCAGUGCAAGUGACGACUCCUCGAUGACAAGUUGGCGGAGUUCACCGGGAGCCGUGCGGGGCACUACCGGCCAACGCUGCCCGAUGAUAAUGGGGCCCGGACAAACUCGACGGGAGGUCGGUGUACUCGCACGGCCGUCAAGACAAUGCACACCGGGCCGUUUUAGGCACCAGGUCAGCCGUCCAAGAUUACUUUUAAUUUGUAUGUUGUAUCUUGUCACCCAGUGUUUUUGUCAGAGACCAGAUCUAGUUUCUGGGGACGCUUCAGAAAGGGUCACACUCACAAGACGGGAAUCACGCUUGCCACCUCAUCUUCGUAAUGUGGACCCAGGCCGUGAUGGAAGUAGGCCGAGCCAAGAACUCGGCCAGACAUCAUGCAGACUGAGCUCAACUUUGCACAGAAUUGUGACGACGGACUGUGUUCCGUGCCCCCUGAGUAGCCCCGCCCUCUGUCCAGCAGGGACGGUGCCCCUUACCGAGGGGCGUGGUGACAGGGGGUGUGUCGUCCCGUCAGUUUCGGGUAUUGCCAUGGAUAUCGUCGGGUGCAGUCAAAGAUGCCGGUGGACAGAAAUCAGAACCGCGUGUUGUUCGGGUCACUGGGGUCCAAUGUGCAUGGAGUGUCCAGGAGGUGCUGGCAAUCCAUGUAAUCACAGGGGGCGGUGUCAGGGGGACUCGGAGGCGGAGCAAUGUCAGUGCAACCCUGCGUUUACAGGGGUGUCUUGUGAGCUGUGUGCUGGGGAUGACGUCUAUGGCCCAAACUGUGAUGGAGUGUGUGAUUGUGUCUAUGGAGUUUGCGAUGCUGGAGCAAGGGGAACCGGCUUCUGUCUGUGUGAGGCAGGGUACCAGGGACCCAGAUGUGACCAAUCCAAAAUAAGUUGCGGUGAGCCUGCAUGCCAUCCCUUUGCCAUCUGCUCACCACCAGUCACGGAUGGAGAACCUCCACAGUGUGUAUGUAGUCCAGGCUACUCUGGCGAUGGAAGGACUUCGUGUGUAGAAAAUGAUCCUUGCCAGGAUCCACAAGCUUGCAGCCCGCACGCCCGCUGCACCCCAACUCCACCAGGGAGGCACACCUGCGAGUGCCUGGAGGGUUACUACGGUGACGGCAUGGAGUGCUAUCCCAUCAACUAUUGCCAGCAGCGGUUACCGCCCUGCCCGCCGCCGACUACCAAGUGCAUCUUUGAUGGCCCGCGGCAGUAUCACUGUGAAUGCGAGGAAGGUUAUGAGAACUACGUCUUCCCUCUCGGUUGUAGCCGAACCAACCUGUGCGGGGGUCCCAACGCCCCCGCGUGCCCGCCCCACUCCAUCUGCACCAUGACGGCCGAAGGCAAUGCCAAAUGUGAAUGCGUGGAAGGUUUCCAGGGCGACGGGCAGGCUUGCUAUGGCAGUAUCAUGCAGGUGCUUCGUGACGUCAACAGCGACCCAACUGGGACCUUACAAGGCUCAUUGAAUACAGCCAUCAGCAUGUUUGAUCUCGCCAUGGGAUACCUGCUGAGCGGCAAGGGACUCUACACUGUGUUUGUCCCCACCGAACAGGCCUUCCAAGAGUUUGAUUUUUUGCUCAAUGACAGAGCUUUUCGUGACGUAGAUUUCAACCGUUACCUGAUGAAGCUGCACACUGUGCCGACCCACAUGGACGCCCACGCACUGAACUCCACGCAAUCCAUUCACACCCUGGCUGGCAUCAUGGCAGAAGUCACUCACAAAGACGGGAAUGUUGACAUGCUGAGGUACCGUCUUCAAGGCAGUAACACACGGGCUAGACUGUUGUACAAGGAUAUCCCAGCAGCAAACGGAGUCAUCCACGUUAUAGACAGGGUACUGUAUGAGCCGACACCUGUGGAGGACAGCCCAGGGGAGUCGGUUACCACUAUCCUAUCUUCGACUGGGAGGUUUAACCGGCUGCAGACACUCCUAGUGAGUGCGGGCGUCAGCAAUGUCAUUCCCCCAGGUGAGCCCGUCACAAUACUAGCCCCAAUGAACAAAGCCUUCAACCAACUGCCCGCUGGCUCCAUGGAUCACCUCAUGUCACCACAAGGAAGACCUAAGUUGCUGGCCCUGCUCAGGAAUCAUGUUAUACAGGGCGCCAUGCUUUUGAUGCAAGACUUGAUUUCAACCGGGCGUGUGAUCUCGGUGCACGGGGCAACAACUUACUUCCACAUUUCCCGCAGUGGUUUAAUCAGCAUGGACGGGGGCGCAAAUCUGACGCUUUCCGACAUUGUUGCCAACGACGGUUACAUUCACAGCAUUGACGGGCUGAUCGUUCCAUCUGAUAUUGAGCCCCUCAUACCCCAUCAGUGCGACACACAGAGCUAUGUAGUGGAACAGGGACCAUGCUCCCAUUGCAAUGAUUCAACAUUGAGGUCAUCCUGCCCUAUUGGUAGUACACCAGUGGAUGGGGUAGCAACUCAGCAGUGCCUUCUUGAAACCACAUGGCAAGGUGGCAAUGUGGUCAGCAUAGGGUGCCAGCUGAUGUGCAACAGGACCACGUGGGAGCCUGAGUGCUGUUCUGGUUUUUAUGGGCAGAAUUGCCACCCAUGCCCGGGUGGGUUCGCUAUUCCUUGUUAUGGACAUGGAUGGUGUUCUGACUCCAGACUUGGAAGCGGCCUGUGUUCUUGCGACGAGCAUUUCACCGGUACCGCCUGUGAGCUCUGCAUGCCAAACCUAUUUGGCACCGGCUGUAAUCAGACCUGUACAUGCCUGCAUGGUGUUUGCGACAGCGGACCUUUGGGUACGGGUCACUGCAAGGGAGGUUGUGAUAUUGGCUACAUUGGAUCAGACUGUAACAUCCCUGCCGAAGGGUGCGGUCCGGAGGUUCACAUCUGUCACGAGCAUGCUGUCUGUGAUACCUCAGGCUCAGAAAUCAGGUGUAUUUGCCAGGCAGGCUACAGUGGGUCCGGCCUGCAUUGUGAGCCCCUGAACCCAUGCCGAUUGGCUGAACGUGGAGGCUGCCAUCGACAGGCCUUCUGCACUUACAUCGGGCCAGGCAUGAGUGACUGUACCUGUAACGAUGGCUGGGCGGGCGACGGAUUCGAUUGUGAGGCCAUCGACCCGUGCCAGGGUCCUAAUAGAGGAGGGUGUGCCCAGGGGGCCAUCUGCGCUUACAUCAGGCCAGGAAUGAAUCAGUGCUAUUGUAACCUUGGUUACUAUGGCAACGGCACAGUGUGCGAGCCAAUCAACCCCUGCCUUCUGAUGACCAAUGGUGGUUGCCAUGCACAGGCUGAUUGCAUACAGACAGGGCCGGGUACCAGUGAUUGUCAGUGUAGAGAUGGCUAUGGUGGGAAUGGCUGGCUGUGUUACCAGAGCCUUCCGCUGGAAAUUGCUACCAUACCAAACCUAAGAAGAUUCUAUGAGCUGAUUCAGUUGGCAGACUUGGAAGGCUUUCUGGUGUCAGCCCCGGGCUUGACCAUCUUCCCUCCCACUGACGACGCAGUGCAACAAUAUGAACAGUCCUACGGCGCAGUAUCCCAGCCGCAGGCUGCAUCAGUUGUCAAAAUGCACAUUGUGAACGGCACAUUGAGUGAGCGUGAUUUGUACAGGCUUGCGUUUGAUGAUGACCAGUAUAUCCCUUCAUUAUGGCCCACCUAUCAUAUACAGGUCCAUGACUGCGAUCAUCAUCUGUGUGUGAACGACAUACCAGUUUUAUUGUCGGACAUUCCCGCAACGAAUGGACUUAUCCACAUCCUUGGAGAGGUCCUCAGCCCGCAAGACCAAUUCGGUCCGAGCCACUCCCCACCACCAGGGGGCGCCUUCCGUCCUUCCAACACCGUUUCCUUCAGUCAGCUGGUGGAGCAGACGCAGUCCAACUCCACAUUCCUUGCUCUCCUCCAGCAAUCUGGCCUGGUUGAUGCUAUCAAUGCUGCCCCGGCAUACACAGUUUUCUUACCAACUAAUGAAGCCACUGCUGCCUUCAAUGCCUCCCGAAUUACCGGGGACAUCCUGCACUAUCACAUUGUUCUCGGCCAGGCCUGGCCUGUCGCAGACAUCUACGAUGGGAUGCACCUUGAUAGUUCCCUAGGACACAACUACCAACUGCGAUUCAGGAAAAGCGCGGAAAAUCUGUUUGUUAACAACAUUGCCGUUGCCAGUCCAAGCUUGAUCUCAACCCAGGGUGUCGUACACGUUGUCUCCGAAGUCUUAGUUCCCCUACCUAACCGAUGCGAUGUCAAUCACUCUACAUUAACACAGACUCCUUGCGGCAGUUGCCCAGCCAUUCCUGAGUGUCCGCCAGAGACAACGCAAAUGCUGAAUUCAGGUGUGACCAAUUGCGAGUAUGACAGGUUUGUUCCCGGCGUUGGCGUGGUUACGGUCCCCGGUUGCCGACUGCUGUGUCGUGGAAUCACAUAUAUCCCACAAUGUUGCAGUGGUUUCUUCGGCAGAGAAUGUGCUGAGUGCCCUGGUGGGUGGUCGUCCCCCUGUAGUAACAAUGGCGCCUGCAAUGACGGUACCAACGGAACCGGUACUUGUAGCUGCUUCCCGAACUUCACUGGUACUGCUUGUGAGCUGUGUGAACCGGGGAAAUACGGACCGCUCUGCAAUCAAGUUUGUGACUGUAUGAGUGGCCGUUGCCGGGAUGGUAUCCAUGGUGAUGGGAGGUGCAUCUGCAGCAACGGAUUCAGUGGUCUACAGUGUGAUACAUCUAUCGAGUCCACUCCUGCAUGCACUGCACAGUGUGAUCCCAAUGCGUAUUGCCUUGAUCAGCAGUGUAUAUGUUACCAAGGUUACAUGGGAAACGGCACUUUUUGCCAGGUCCAUGACCCCUGCAGUGAAGAUGGAGUGUGCUCAGAGCAUGCUUCCUGCCAUGCAUCCUCUGGCGGGCAGUUCCAAUGUGAGUGUUCGCAGGGGUACCAAGGAGAUGGCACGUACUGUGAAGAGGUCAACCCAUGCCUUGAUGGGGAUGAUGGAGGUUGCCAUGAACUCGCUGAGUGUAUACACACUGGGCCGGCUAUGAGUACCUGCCACUGUCAGGAAGGUUACGAGGGGAACGGUCGCACCCGCUGCAGUCCCACCAACCCCUGCCUAGAGAAUAACGGCGGCUGCAGCACCAGGGCACACUGUGCCCAAACGGGGCCGGGCCAACGCAACUGCACAUGCUUUGACAGGCACAUCGGGAACGGGCUGGAAUGCACAGGCAAUAUUGCUGAGGAGAUGGCGUUGAAUCCUAAUGUCAGUCAAUUCUUUUCGCUUCUAGAGGAAUACAGAGAUGUGAUGAGGGUUCUCGGCUCGGUUGGUCCCCUGACUAUGCUGGUACCCAACAACCAGGCAUUUGAAUACAUCAGCCAGGAUCAGAUUGAAGAGUGGCGUGAAGACAACCAGCUGUCCAGGGUUCUCAUGAACCACAUUGUUGGAUGCACUGCCUUCCUGGCACCCACUGACGACAUAACCACGUCACUGACCACACUCUCUGCCCAACCAAUUAAUGUCAUGUACUCUCAAACGCAAGGCCUGACUGUGAACAGUGAAGCGCACGUGACUGCGCCCAACUUUCUGACCAGCAACGGAGUCGUACACACCAUCGACCGAGUUCUUGUGCCUGGCUUGCUGGAUCCUAGACCUGAUUAUCUUGAGGACCUACCCUUGGAGCUGGUAGCUCCCAACACCACCUACAGCAUCUUCAUGGGCCUGAUGAGCCACUCGGGCCUCCUGGAAGCCUUCAGCACGCGCAUCUCCCUGCCGGUGACCAUCUUCAUGCCUACCGAUGAGGCCUUCCUGGAGCUGUACCCAGGCAAGCUGGCCGAGCUGCGAGAUCCCAGCAACGUGGAGAAGAUGAGGGAGUACCUGGCCUAUCACAUCAUACCUCGUCGGACGAUUCACACCACGCAGAUCGCUAACCACGGACUCCAGGGCACUACCUUACAAGGCUCCAACAUAACCAUUGAGUGCCAGAAAAAUCAGGGUUUUUCAGUGAAUCGAGACUCCAAGAUCAUCGACACGGAGACACCCUUUCAAGGUGGCCUUUUCUAUGCCUUGGAUAUGGUUCUGGAACCCCCUAGCAUCGGAGGCCGCUGUGAUAUCACAAACAACGUCACAUUCUCGACAGAGUGUAAUUCGUGCAGUAGGACCAUCCAAUGCCCAUUGGGAUCUAUGCCAAUUGACGGCAACAUCAACUGUGUGUACUCCGUGGGAUGGUAUAACUACCAGCAGGGCUGCCUGCGUCACUGCGUCCGGCAAGAGAUGGAACCACACUGCUGUAACUACCACUAUGGUCUUGACUGCUUAGAGUGUCCCGGCGGUAAACGCAACCCAUGCAGCUGGCAUGGCAUCUGCGAACACGGCAUAACAGGCACGGGACAUUGUGUCUGUGAUGAGGGUUACACAGGAGUGGCGUGUGAGCUGUGCCUACCGGGCCGAUUCGGACCCAACUGCCAAGAAUGCCAGUGCUCCAGCCACGGUCAGUGCGACGAUGGGUUGUCGGGCACCGGCAGCUGUUUCUGCGAUUUGAACUACAUGGGCACCACGUGUGAGACGCGCCUGCCUGUCACGCCGACGUGCGACCCGUUUUGCCACAUCAACGCUCUGUGUCGGCCCGGCAACAUGUGCAAGUGUCGCCCAGAGUACUAUGGCAACGGUUACUCGUGCACAGUGAUUAACCAGUGUAGUUUUGACAACGGCGGCUGCAGCUUGUACGCCGACUGCACUCAGGUCAACACCGAGGUCACGUGCCGUUGCCAUGUCAACUACGAAGGUGAUGGUUACAUAUGCCAGCCCAUGGAUCCCUGCAUGAUGGAUCACGGUGGUUGCCAUGUUGAUGCGACCUGCAAGCUGACUGGCCCGAAUUCCCGAUCCUGCACCUGCAACCCCCCUCUUGUGGGCGAUGGUAUCACCUUCUGCACAGUGCCUGCGGAUAGACCCAGGUCAGCCUGUUCCAUUGACAACGGGGGAUGUCACGAGAACGCAAUGUGCUUCGACAACUCGGACAGUCCUGUUGGGCCGCCUUCAGACUCUGACCGGCCCGACCCCCACCGGCCCCAGCCAUCACCAGCCCGCCCCGUGGGAAGGACCCAGUUGGAUAGGGGAGGGUUAACCCCCGCGGUGACCUGUAAAUGCAAGCCUGGCUACGUGGGUACGGGCCUGCUGUGCAACGGCAACGCUUUCGAGACCCUGGGUAGCUUGAAAAACCUCUCCAUUUACUACCACGCUUUGUUGCGUUAUGCAAGACAGUAUCCAGUAGGACUCAAGCUUGUUGACACAUUAAAGAACGAGUCGUCAUUGUUGACACUUUUCAUUCCCAUCAAUACAGCCGCAUUAGCCAACACGACUUUCUCCAUCGGUAACCACAUAGUGACUGGCCAGGCAUACCACAGGGACCAGUUGGUAUCCGGUAUGUCCAUGACAGCUUGGUCCAAGGGAAAACUGACAGUGAAAGUGUCCAGUGAUAGGAAAGUCACCAUGAUCAACAAUGUUCCAGUCAGGUUGUUUGAUAUUCCAACCACCAACGGUGUGCUUCAUAUCAUCUCUGAACCCAUUAGCGCUGCCUACAAUGAAUUUGACUCGUUCAACAACUCUGGAGGCGUGUCGAUCAGUAAGAUCUUCGCCGGCAUUCUCAUCACGGUCUUUGUCAUCAUACUCAUCGUUGUCAUCGGAUUCGUAAUCGUCAUCAAAGUCAGGAGGAAACGGCGGUCUGGUUCCCGCCCUGUCAUCUCACGCUACAGUGUGAAUGGUGGCACAGAAGACGGCAGUGUGACGUUCAGUCGCAGCAACAUCAUACCAGAAGAGGAGGAAGAUGAUGACUCAGAGACUGCGUUCCGCAAUCCUACUUACCACAGCCGUGCUUACAACUCCACAGACAUGGACAGCGACACCAUUGGCUUUGCCGACCUUGACUUCACCAGAGCUUACUAAACGGCAAAAAACAGGCAGCGCCAUUAACAAACUUAACGAGUAUAAGACAUUGUAAAUCCAACAAAGACGUUAUUGUGCUAGUCAACUCACCAGAUGCAUAGAGGGCUACAGAUGAAGAGAAAGGCGACUCCAGACUCAACAACACAUGCUGAACCAAUCUCCAGCGACAUCAGACAAAUAAAGACUGUGUAGUUACAAUAAAGUGAAUCAAGCACAGGGCCCAAUUUCAUAGCGCUGCCUAACAGUCAGCAGAAAAGACUUGCUUAUUAUGGCAGAAAAUCACGCUGCUGCUUAAGCACUAUUUCAUGGCGUGGACGUGCUAGUGGUUACGCGCGAUAUAGAUUUCUAUUGUUACGUAUGGGGUUAAGCGUGCUUUUGCUGUGCUUACUGCUUAACGGUCUCUAUGUAAUAGAUGGAGGCUCGGUAAGCACUAAGUCGGCUGUUAAGCAGCUCUAUGAAAUUGAGCCCAGGGUUUGACGAGUGAAAGAAUCAUAAUACAGUCAGUCACGAGGCAAACACAAGUCAACCGUAUUACAAUCACCAAUCAAGUUACAAGUCUAAUCACAAGUGGGGUCUCAAAUAAGAGAGGCGAAAAUAGGCAUUUGUCGUAAGACUUAGGGUGUGCAUUUACGAGUAGUACAGAAACCGGGUACCCGAUUGAAAAAACAAAUAAACACGGGUAUCCAGGUACCCGUUGAAGAAACCCAGUCCCAAAAUUCAAAUCUCGAAAGUUGCUGUUCAGAUUGUUCAUAAAGGUUCGCCAAUAAUAAUACUACAUUGGUGUGUCAAUACAGCAAGAUGCAAGUGUGUACAGUGAGCUUUGUAGCUUU